AGGAGGAGGAGGUGGCAGCGGAGCAGGAGCGGCGCUGGAAGCAGUGGGAGCGGGACAGAUCCGCCGGGACGGGGCCCGGCUGUGCCCCCCAGCAGGUACCGCGCGGGGCCCGCCCGGGACGGGGGUCUGGGGCCGCAGCCGCCUUCCCGUCCCCUCUGGAGCCAGACCGGCCGCCACCCGCGCCGGCACCCCCGGCUGGGGCUCGCUGUCCCCGCCACCCGCCGGUACAGGGGUCACCCUUCCCCGUCACCCCGCUGCCCACGGGGGUCGCAGCCAGCACAUGAUGCCAUGGGACAGGCAGAGGGGUCAUGAGGCCGGGUGCUGCAGGAAUAGACCGUCCCCACAACGUGCCUCCUCUGCCCCGGCUGUCGCACCCAUCCCUCAUGCCGGGGAAGCUGAGGCGCAGCAGGCGGGAGGUGCUGGGGGAGAAGCAGUGGCGCAGCCUGGAGGAGAGGGGAGGUGCCCAGCUGGAGCAGCCCAAGCUCACCAGAUCCAGGACCUAUGAGUCCCCCUGCAGGGAGACAGAGCAGGCGGCCGCGGGCAGGCAGGGACCCCCAUCCCCCUCGCUGAGCAAGCAGGACAGCAGCUACCGCCGGGCCUUCGGGGAGCUCGCCGAGCAGGACGUGCUGCUGGGCUGCUUCUCAUGCGCCUGGCAGAGAGAAAUGCCCUACCACGGCCGCCUGUACGUGUCCUCCCGCCACAUCUGCUUCCACUCCAACCUCCUGCUCAAGGACAUCAAGGCCGUGGUCCCUGUCGCUUCCAUCUCAGCCCUCAAAAAGACCAACACGGCGCUGCUGGUGCCCAACGCAAUCAGCAUCCGCACGGCCAAGGGGGAGAAGUUCCUCUUUGUGUCGCUGCGCCAGCGAGAGGCCACGUACCAGCUCCUGAGGUCGGUGUGCAAACACCUGCAGGUACGCGGGGUCUGGAUGUGGAGGAGACUCCAUCCAUCCAUCGCACGGCACCUCCCUUCAUCUCUCCUUGUCCAGGGCAGCGGCCAGAGCCCUCGAGACUCUGUGAGAUAUGAGAAAACUCUUGGAAAGUCUCAGAUCUCGAGCCAGUCAGCCCUGGAGCAGAGCACCCCGGAGCCCAACAGCCUCCCCGAGCCCCUGGAUGAACCAAAGCCGGGAUCAAGGCAGGCAGAGGACGAGGAUGGCGAGGUGGCUCGGCUGGUUCCCAGCAGCAGCAAAUGGGUGCCCUCAGCAGAGAGACGUGGCCUCUGGGGGAGGCCCCACGCCGUGCUCUGGGCCUGGGCCACUGCACUUUGGUCCCGGAUAAACCCCCAGCUGAGCUCUGUCAACAUCAUCAUCAUCAUCUACCUGCUGAUCAUGGUGGCCCUGCUGCUGUCCUCGGGGUACAUCGGGCUGCGCAUCGCCGAGCUGGAGCAGCAGCUGUCCUUCGCGGGGGCUGGGCCAGGCCUCAACCUGUCACUGCAGUACCAGACGUGAGGCCACUGAGGACCACCACCAGCGCUCCAGCCGGGGCUCAGGGGCUGCUCUGAGCCCUGCCUUGGCCUCUCGGGGGGCUCCGUCACCAAGUGCCUUCCAGCUCCCCACCAUGCCCGGGAAGCCCACGGGCUGAGAGGCUCCAUCUCUCCCUGUCUGCCCACCCUGAGCAGCAGCAGAAGAGACCCAGGGAGCUCCCAGAGGCGCAGAAAGCAGGGAAGGGGGGCUGGAGUCAGCAGCAACCCCCAGCCAGCCCUCCCUGCCCAGAGGGAGCAGGCAGAGGGGGCCAAGCCCCCGGCAAGGCAGGGGCACAGAGAACAGAAUAUUCUAUU